AACUUACUUCUUCUUGUUCUGGAUCCUACUGUCUGUCUGUCUGUCUCUUCGUCUGCCUAUCUACAUGUCAGCGAAAGUCUCUACCUCGCGGUUUCUAGACCUUCCAACCUCGAUACGAGAAAAGAUAUACGCCUACCUCCUCCUACCACACCCAGAAGAGGACGUCACAACGAUUAACUACACACUAAACUGGCUGUACUUGGACAAACCCAGCAACACCACGUUCGCCGGCUCAACGCAAAUCGACCUCUGCUCAUGCCCACGAGAAGACAUCCAUUACGAUGAUAGUCCCCAUGACUCUCACAUCUACACACGCUACAAGUGCAUUGGCCCAGACAUCCACUUCACCUCCCCGCGCAACGGACUAUGGGUCUUGCAAACCGCACACGGCCAGUUCAACAUCCUCCGCCCUGCCUCAGCAGACGAACUCAAACUCCGCCCCACAUCAGCAAUCCUUCAAGUCUCGAAGCAGAUCUACAGCGAAGCACUCCCCUUUCUGUACCGCGACAGGGACUUCUUCUUCCUCACCGGCCCGUGUCCAAGAGGUAGAUAUCAGGCGUAUGCUACAUUACAGUGGCUCGGGCGAUUGAGUGAGAGAGCUCGCGCGAAUGUGGAGAUUUUGACUCUGCUGGUGCAGACGUAUGAAGAGGAUUGUAAUGUAGCUGAUGUUGAGGGGGCGUAUGUAGAGCUGGCUGAGUAUAUAGUAGAUAGCUUGCCAGGCUUCAAGUGGCUGUGUAUAGAUGUGUGGGAUGAGAAGGUGUAUGGGGCAGCUAGUGUGUUUUCAACAUUGUUCGAGGAAGAGAGGAUGGGCGUUGUGGCGCGGAAGCGAUGGCAGGGUUUUGAGGCUGAAGUGUUUGUUUCUAAGGAGAGCUUCUUGGGUAGUUUUGAAGAGGAAGAAGAGUAGGCUUUGAUUUAAGUUACAAGGGUCCCUUUCUUUAUCCGAUAAGCGUUCCACGAGCUUGGCGAAGCCGAUCACGGUCGAUCUUCAUCCCAGCAGAUCCACAUCCUCACCCUUGAAAGUCUUCUUGGUCUCCAGAGCAGGUGCGCCCUUGCAUAUGCGCCAGCCCAUCUCAUCCUCUGUCACUGGGUAGACCAAGGGCAGGCCGUGAGCAAACCCGCAUCAUCGACUCUGCCAAGUCCAAGAAGAAGCCCUUGGGGUAAUAUCCUUCUCGCAAAGCGCUACCUAGAUCGAUUGGGAUAAGGUGACCAUAGUGCAUGAAGCCGUCCACUAAUGCUUUUCUACCGGCGCAGCGCUUCUUGGUCCGUUUGUAGAUGGUUCUGACUGCAGCGGCCUGGGAGGU